ACCUGGGAGGGCGCCCAAGGGCGAUGGGGUCGGCCCUGCGGGGAAGUCCACCGACUCAUCCCGAAACGUUAUCUACACCCAGCGUUCCUCAGCUUCCCCCUCCAGCAGAGCUGGCGUAGUCGGCUGAAGCGUGGCGCCUCCGGCACUCCGGCUGCGCCCCCACAGUCACUUCGUCUCCCCUCCGCCUUCGCCCCCGCGUCCCCGGGGAGGGAUUUGGUCCGGCGUCCGGUGGCAGCCCAUGCGCUCUUUACUCCAGGAGCAUCUCCCGCCGUCUGGGCAGCAGGAGAGCGGAGCCGCGGCUGCUCCGGGCUCCCAGCUCCCAGCUUGCGCCCCGUUGAGCGGCCACGACCCCAGGAGGUCUCGGGAGGCUGGGGGUGGGGACAGACCGAGGUCGCGGCUCCUCCAGCCCCUUCCGCUGCCCCUCCUCUCGCCUUCCUCGCCCUCUCUUCCCGGGCGGCCGGCUGGGCCUCUCACCUUCAAGCAAAGCCAUUAAGUAGCGGUCGUUGCGGGGCCUGGGGCGCAGAGCAUUCCCGUCGGCCUCGCUUCGCAGGCCCCGGGGCCGGACGCCAUCCCAGGGGCGAGGCCUGCGGGUCACACUCCCGCCUGCUCGGAUUUAGGGCGAGUCCUUCCCGGGACUCUGCUGCGGCCCGGGGCAGGGAGAGUGCGCCAGGGCCUCGCCUCCCCGAGGGUUGGAGGGGAUGGAGGCGGCAGCGAAGACUGCGCGCCGCUUUCAAGCAUCCAGGUCAGGGAACAGAACAACCAGCCCCAUGCAUGUGACUCCAGCUGUGGCCAGAAAUGGUCCUGAACAACCAGACAAUGGACCCCUCCCAAGACCCACACUCUGCCCCCAGGAAGACCGACUUCCUAGCCUCAUGGUUCCCAAGCCUCUUGGGGCAUGGACGCUGCAGCUUCAAGGCCCUUCUGUGCUCGAGUCCAAGGUGAAGGCCUUGAAGGAGAAAAUGAUGGCAAGGAAACAGGGGGCAAAUCCCUGCUGUCCCAAUUCCUACGAGCGUCCAUCCCCCACAAAAUCCAAGUGCCACCAAGUCAAGUCUGAAGCAGUCUGGAGCCUCCCUGAGAGCUCUCCUCUCUCAGAUGCCCUGGUGGUCCCCCAUGCUCAGAACCAGAUUGGUGGGCAGCUAGACAGCAGUGUUAAUGAGAAGAAACCUGCCAGGAAUGGUGGAUCCAGGCCAUCUACCCCUGGCCUUGAGAGCUGGAAUGGGCAAAGCCUGUGGUCCCCAGAAGCGGCAUGGAUGCUGGCUGAUCAUGUGGAAGGCCCAGCACCAGGACCUGGCUCUUUACAAGAGAGCCCCAACAACCAUGUUUCUUCAGGCCAGCUACAGGGGCUUGGUGCCUCUAAAACCACCCACUUGAGCAGCCUGAAGAAGAAAAGACCAUACACACUUGGAGACGGUGUGGUCACCAAGGCAGAUCUAGACAGCACAGCCCUAACCUCCAAGGAGGACUUAGUCCCCAGAACAGACCUGCAGGAGGUGCUUCGGAGAGCUGGUGGCCUGGAGGGCACUGGGACGCAUGCUUUGUCCCUGUCUGACCAGGUGGAAAGGAACCGCCUCCUGCUGCAGGAGAUGCUGAAAGUUUCCAGACAGAGUCCUCCCAAGGUGGGAAGCCCAGACUGUACUCCAUCCUGGGACAGGGCUGCGUCAGAGCGACCUGCGGGAGACGUGGACUGGGACUCGGGCAACCCCCUGCAGGACUCAGGUCAGAGCAGGACCUUUGUUCCCAAGCUGGAGCCUGUGCUGAGUGCCAGGUAUGAGGGAACCAAGCAUCUGAUACAGCGUGCUCGCAUGAAGGCCAGGACCCAACCACUCCGAGCCAGCCAUGAUAUUGUGCCCACCAUUGCUCAGGGCAGUCGAAACGGCCAAAGAAGCCCAGUUCUGGAUGUCAGGAGAGCCUCUGCCUCCAGAGAAAGCCUCCAGAAUGGGGACCAGAGUGACUCCUCCAGUGUGGAGUCUGGUGAUGGGCAGUGGCCCAAGCAGGGAAUGCCCCUGUCUCAUGUCCGUUUUGAAGAUGAGUCUGCCCAUGAGGCUGAGUUUCGGUACCUGGACCGGCUACAGCAGCGCCAACGUCAGGUGGUACGCACAGUGCCACAUGCUGUGGGCCAGGGACCUCUGCUCUCUAAGCCUGACCUAACCAACUACAUUCAUCGUAACAUGGGGAACAGUUCAUGCCAAAGGCCUGUGGGCUCCCUGGACCACAGUAACUUCCCUGCAUCACCGUCUACAUGGGACAGUGAGAGCAAGUGUCCAGCCUGUGGCAGCUGUCUUGAGGAGCGUUGUCCUGCUGAGGGGAGAGCAACUCCUGACCCCAGGGUCCUCCAGAGUCUCCAGGCAGCCUGUGAGGCAGAGGCAUUGCUGCUGGGGCCCUGUAAUCCCCAUGGCUUGAACUCGACAUUCUCAGGGCUCCACACAGAAUGGAUCCGGGAAACACAUAUCACAGACACGGAUGUCACACCCCCUGAGGAAGGGAACUCUGCCUUGGACAGCACCAAUGGUUCAGACAGCUGGACGGACAGUAAGGAUGCCAGAACCUCUCAGCCCAGCAGGGCAGGUGGGCAGGCGCAAGGCGGCAGCCCCCGACAGUGGCAGCAUGGCCCUAAGCCUCGGGAAGGCCCCAGGUGGCCCAGAAAGGCUGAGGUGAAGCUGCCCUGGGGCCUUCAGGCCUGGCCUCACCUACAUGAGGUUGGUGAUGUGGUUGUAAGAGGGGAGGUAAAAGGAGCCACAGGACACAUACCCCAGGGAACUUUGUUGGUAAAGGAAGAUGCUGCACCUAAACCUGCCUUGGAACCUAAGAGGCCUUGUUCCCAGGGGCAGCCUGGAGCACGGUUAGGGAAUCACUGGGCCCACCCUGAGGACUCCUGGACUCCAUGCAGGACAGCGUAUGCUGUGUCGUUUUCCAAGAAGCUUGGAUCCUCAGGGUCGGGCCAACCAGACCAAGUUACUGGAAGCCACGAGUCUACGGAAAGUGUAUGUACUUCUUCCUUCCAACAGAGCCACGAAGAGCCCUCCUGUGCACCUCACCCAGCCCUGCCCCUCUCCCGUGAAGGCUGGGUGCCAACCCCUCCCUCUUCAAGGAAGUCCCUCUGCCCAAUGCCUCCAAAGAAGUCAGCCUGGACUGGACACCAUAGGCAGGAACAUCUGGUGGAGCAUAUGGAUAUCCCCCUGCCUCUGUCCCCUCCAAGAACUUCGGUUCUCACACCACCGCAGACCCAGCCCUACAGCCCCCGUGUCAAGCAUCCCCUGCUGGGCCUGUCUGCCAACAACUACAACAGCAGUGUCCCUCUGGGGCUACAGGAGCCCUGGGAAGCAGCUGCCCACAAGAGUAGAGCUGAGAGGGACCACGGCUGCCAGGAGCCUGGACUGCCCCUGGAGAGUGAUGGAGAUGGAACACCCCAGGACUCUCUCCAGUCAGCAGAUGUCGCCACUGUCAACUCUACAGCCGUCACCCUCUCCCUCACCUCAGAGGAGCCCGACUUCAGCCUGGAGCUAGGAAGAGGUCUACACAGGACAGAACUCAGCUCUGGAGGCCACAUGCCCACUGGAGUAUCACCUGAGGCCAGUGCAGGGCACAAGCUGCCUUCUGCUGCCCAUUCUGAUGGGAACACGAAAAGGAAGAGUAGUAUCACCUCCACCCUGGGGCUCAAAAAACUCCUCUCAGCCCUGAGCCACACCCCCCGGCCCAGACUUGGCACAUCCCGAAGCUACAGUGUGGAACAGCUGCAGCCCUCAGCACUGGCUCCCCAUACCAGUACCUCCAAAGUCAAGAGAGCGCCAUCAUUACAAAUCCUGCAUCUGGUGUCACCCUCUCAUCAGCAUCGGAAAGCAACUUCCUUUCAGAACCUCCAUGCUCUUCUAGGUGGCAAGGGAGACCGGUCCAGCCUCUACUUGGUAGAGGGGUCAGGGGACCCCAGCACACCGAGCAGGCCAGCCAAGGCCUUUCCCCAUCGUGCCCUCAGUGUGGAAGAUGUGAGUGCUCCUGGCCUGGCUCGCACUGUGGGCCGUGUGGUGGAGGUGUUCCCAGAUGGCACAAGUCAGCUACAGCUGCAACGACCCCCAGAGGGAACUUUUGGUUUCUGUGUGGCCUACGGCAAUGGCCGUCGAGACUCAGGGCUCUACGUGCAGGCCAUGGCUGACCUGGAUACUGCCAAGCUGUACUCGGGGCUGCUUGGGGUGGGGGAUGAGAUCCUGGAGCUGAACGGCGCCAAGGUUUCAGGGCUGGGUUUGGCUCACAUCAAGGAGCUCCUGGCGCAUGUGGAGAGCUUGUCGGUUCGUGUCUUGAGACAGAGACCUGUUCCCCGGUGACCCAGAUGCACUGGUACUCUCACUGACACUCCCUUAGAAGCCCCGACCCCCACACAGCAGAAGGGGCUGGAAUACACCACUCAGAUAAUUUGUGGAUGGAAAAUGCAGUUCACAGACCAGGGUGGCAUCUAGUUGUACGGGCUGUGGCAGAGCUGUUUUGAUUGGCCACCUGCAGGGAGAGGCGAAGAGCCUGUUUGUUUUGGUUAAGGUCACUAAUUUAUGCAGAUCUGGGGAAAGGAAAUAAUGGUCUUCUUCCAUGACAGAAGCAGUAGCAACAGGACGUGUCCGUUUGUUGGGAGCAGAGGACAGGGACUGACUAGAUCCUUGAGUUGGUCCCUGAGAGCUGGCCUCACUGCCUGGUCACACUCACUGAAAACCUCUCCAGUCCCCAGCACACCAGAGACAAAGUGGCUGCAUUGGCCUUGUGCCUGUCUCUUUCAGCUGUGGCUUGCCUGGUUUCCACGUGACUACACCUUUGCUUCUGAUCCAGUAGCGGUUCAGUGUCUUGGUACAGCCCGACAGCCAAGAGGGCACAUUCCAAGCCAAGCACUGGGAGGUAUGGCCUGUCAGGAGUGCUGAGCCCCUUCUGGGGAUGUCAACAUCAGAGAGCUUCUGGGAGCCAGAAUGUUAAGAAUUUCUAGGAAAUUUUUAUGAUCAAGAGAGCGAGAGAGAGAGAGAGAGAGAGAGAGAGAGAGAGAGAGAGAGAGAGACUAUUGCCAUUUUCAGUAAGUGUGGCUGUGGUACUAAGGGUGUAGGAGUGGAGGCCAGCCCAGCCAGCCCUUUGCCUCCGCCCCUGCCUAGACGGCCCGUGGUUGUUGCAGCCUGGCCUGGGCCGGCCUUGGUCUUUGUUCUCUUGUCCAGCUUGGAGACAGGGCUGCAGCUGGUGUCUGGCUGUCACCCAGCUGCAGAAUUCCUGUCCAGACCUCCCUGGUGGCAGCCGUGGGUGGGCAGCAGGCAGGGAGGCUGUGUGCUGGGGGUGGCCGUCCCACCUAGGCACAGCCUGCUCAGCUUAGAGCCUGCCCAAGGGCUCAGGACUCUAUAGAUGCAUGGACAGGUGUCAAUCUUAAAUUCUUAAAAUACAAAGCCAAAGCAAAGCUGCCUCCA